GAGAUUCGAGCGCUUGAGCGCCGAAGCUCAGCUGGACGAUAGUCACCCCUAUAAGUUAGACCAUAAUAGAAGACGAGGCGUCGAGAUUCGGACGCGCACACGUGACUAAUCGACGUCAUACAAGAGUUUGUCGUCAUUAGGAGCCGGUGUUGGAUAUAAAGGCAUACGCUCAUCCAACACCAACUACACACCACACUUGAUUUAUACCGCCUCCUUCACAAUGUACCGAGUACCAAAUUUGCGUUCCAGCGUCAUUCACGGUCGUGUCCCGACCGCCAUCCUUCCUGUCGCGCGUAGGAUGUACGCAACCCAGCCCCCGCCGGGGCAAGCGUCGCCCAAUCCAAAGGUCAGCCCUUCCACCGAUGGUGGCGGACACAACAACGGCCUCAUUAUCGCAUCUGCUGUUGCGGCACUUGGAGGAAUGUACUAUUUCUACAACCGCGACCGGGGAAUCAGUCUUCAGGAGAAAAAACGUAGAGAUGAGGAAGAUAUGAGGCGGGCAGUGCGUGCAGCGCAGGGCGAUAUAAAGCAAGCUGAGCAAGCAGGGAAGGCAAGGGCCGAGGAUGCCCUUAAAGAAGCUCAGGAGAGCUAUGGUACUGCGAAGGCCUCAGCUAAAGAGAAAGCGACUGGAUCCCGCCAAAAAGUAGAUGAAUCUCUCCACGACCUGACUGAACGGGCACGACAGACAGCACACGAAGCACAGGAAAAACUGAAUCAGUACAAGAAUGCAACUGAGCAAACACUAGCGGACGCCAGGAGGACAUCCGAACAAAAGUUUGAGGAGACGAAACACGCCGUCACACAACGCGCGGAUGAAGCCAAGGACGCAGGCCAAACCUGGUUUAGUUGGGGGCAAUCAAAGACAGACGAGGCGAAACGUGAAGGCGUUCAGAAAGUUGCAGAGAGUGCAGAAGAUGUUAAGAAGGGGGCAGAGAGACAGGUAUGAGAUUGCGAUGAACUUGAAUCAACAUUUGACGAGCUGUACACCUAAAUCAGUAUUGUAAAUACAUUAUCCUAUAUUGCAUAUUAUUCUCUCCGCGCUUCAACGAGAUGUAUUACAGGUG